UGUGGUCGAGACGUGCGGUUCCACUCACGCCGCGAAAAAAUUGCGAAUCUGCCGAUCUUCUGGUAAUAAGGCCACGUCGAGCAACCGGCGGACCCCUUCUACUACCUUCCUCUAUCGCCUCGUGACGGCCUGACCUGCGUCGACCGAUCCAUGGCGUGCAGCUUCUCCCCGUCCUCCACCACGAGGCUCCAGGCCGUGGACGCUGCGGCGUUGAAGAGCGGCAGGGCACCCCUCAAGGCCACCGUCGCCCCCGCGCAGAGGUCGCUCGGCAGCUGCAAGGCGGCUGCGCGUCAAGAAGGCGCCACGCAGGAAUCCGGCGUCACAGUUUCUUCGGCGCGCACCCAGCUGGACCUCCUGGAGCAACUGACAUCCCCAACAUAUGAUGGCAUUGGCUUAGAGAAUGGUACGCCAACAGAACCCCGUCAGCGCACUACUAUCCGCGAGCAAUUGUCGGCGCUAGCCAACGGUAAGGUUGACGAGUUCACCCUCCCAUUGGGCAAGAAACUGAAGGAAGGCCUGAAGAGCCUCAACAACCUGACCGUGUCACAGAGGAGGAACAUCAAGAGGCAGGCCCUGCUUACCAAGGUCAGUGGACGUAAUGACUCGGUGUUCUUCGCGACUGUUGGGGCGUUUGUCCUCGUCCCGCCUUUCGCCAUUUUAGCUAUUGCUGUCCUAACUGGUUAUAUCCAGCUCUUGCCUUGAAUGAAAAGGUGUAGGUUCUUAAACUAGUCAUCUUCAGACUGGUAUAUAGGAAGGAUGGUUUUGCUCUGGAAUAGAAUUGUAUAUAUACAUACUAAUAAGUUGUAUGUGGGGUAAGUAGGUUCUGUAUGAAAGGUUGUAAGCACUUGAUAUUGCAAAGAUUUAGCAUAAGAAACAUUGAUAGAA